AUGCCCCGAGCAGACGAAUGGGAUUAUAGCGAGGAUGAGUGGUAUGCUGCCGACAGAGUCACCACGGGUGCUCGCCAUGUCCGACCACCAAUGCCCGCUGCACCAGUUCGCAGAGUCCACCUUGACGACAUUCGCCCUGGUAAUGGACGCCGCACAAGCGAAUUCCUGACCCCAGAGGUUCACUAUACGUCCGGUCUCCAUCGUACCCGCUCUCAAGGUCAUGGGCCAAUCCCCAAUGUGACCAUCUACAACACCACGCGCAUGGACAACGAGAGUAGUCCGAAUGUGCGUACCGAACAGAAGAGCCGGGACAGUAGUCCUCGUGGUCGUGGAGGAGUAGGAGCUGGAACUCGGAGGAUUCCUGGUGAAUGGGCACUUGAAGACGAGCUAGCUGAGCUGAGGCUGGAGGUCAGACGGGACCGUCACUCUCGUUCUCGCUCUAGGCAUGACUACGAUGACGAUCGUCGUCAGCGUCAUUCUCCAGAUCGCAACUUUGAGGAUAAAAUCCAGUUGACGCUUGCUCAACAACGCCUAAAGGAUGCUGAAGAACAACUUCGUAGGGAGCGACAGCCUGAACGUAACUACGAAGAUAAAAUUCAAUUGACGCUUGCUCAACAACGGCUCAAGGAUGCUGAGGAGGCGCUUCAAAGGGAGCGACAUUCAGAUCAUCAUUACGAAGACAAGAUCGAAUUGACGCUUGCCCAGCAACGACUCAAGGAAGCCGAGGCCAAGCUGGAACGGGAACGACUGCAAGAGGAGAUGGAACGACGUGAGGAACUAGUGAAGCGUAAGAUGGAGCUCAAGUUCAUCAAGGACAGGAAAGAACGUGAAGCUGAAGGGGAGCGCAUCAAGUACCAGGAAGAGCGCUUUAGGCACGAGUGGGAGCUUAAGCACGCUCGUGAGGACCAAGAGCGUGAGCGCGCCGCGCGAGAUGAAGAGAAGAAGCGCGCGGAGAUCAUCGCGGAGAACCGAGCCAAUAUGACCAGAGAGCAGCGUGAGGCAGAAGAUCAACGUGAGCGAAUCCUAAUGAAGCUGGAAAAGGAGAGGCGAGAGCAAGAAGAGGAACGCCGGGCGAUUCUGGCAGAGAACCGAGCCCAAAUGUCGAGGGAGCAGCGCGAAGCGGAAGAGCAGCGCGACAGGAUUCUCGCCAAAUUGGAGAGAGAAAGGCGUGAGCAGGAAGAUGAGCGCAAAGCAAUCAUCGCCGAGAACAAAUUGAAAAUGUCGCGAGAGCAACGCGAAGCUGAGGAACAACGCGAAAAGAUACUUGCUCAGGUUGAGAAAGAGAAGAAGGAGCAGGAAGAGGCACGCAGAGCCAUCAUCGCGGAGAACACUGCCAAGAUGGAGAGAGAGGCACGAGAACGUGCGGAUAAAGAAAGGGCCAUGGAAGAAGAGCGUAAGCGCAUCAUCAUCGAAAAUGAGGCGAAGGUCGCAAAGGCAGCAAAGGAGGCCAAAGAGGCCAAACAACGCGCUGUCGACGAAUAUAACAAGCAAAAGGCCAAGGAAGAAGCCGAAGCUAAAGAGGAACGUGAGCGCAUCAUCUACGAGUAUGAACGCAAAAAGUCGCAAGAUGCUGAAAAGGAGAAGCGUGCGCGUGAAGAACUGAUCAUGCAGCUACGUCUCGAGGAGGAGCGCAAGAAGCAAAGGGACAAGGAAGAGUAUGAAGCCUUUUUGCGCAAGCAAGCCGAAAAGGAAGAGGAAGAAAAGAAGAAGAAGGAGGCACAAGAGAAGGAGCUUGAAGAGACGAUGCGCAAACGUCUCGCACAAUUCGGCUUCCAGGACAAUCAGAUCCAGGCACUUGUGAACCCAGAGAAGCAGAAGGAGUUGCAGCAGGGUCUUAUGCCGCAGAAUCCGUUACGUCUUGCACCCCAGCCAACGUAUGCGAAGGUACACAAGGCCCAUCUUGAUGUCGAAACGUUGCAUUACUACAACAUUCCUUAUGAGUAUGAUUCGAACCCAGACUAUAUCAUCAUCCUCCGCGAAAUGGACCAGCGCGAGACAGACCUUCUUUUCGAGCAUACGCGUCGCCUGCGCAUGGGGCACAGUGGCGGGGAUCGCCUCUUCAUCGAAGCAGAAGGGCGGGACAGGAGGGGCAAGCCUGAGUAUGCGUUUGUGAGGAGGAAGUCCCGAUCGAGAUCAAGGAGCGAUACACUCUUCUCAUAUCUGUAUUUGAUGAUGAGGUGCAGUCCCAUCUCAUAG